AUGUGUUUGUAUCAGUAUCUUAUCGCCGUCAGGCAGCAAGACGGGCAGCAAUUGACUAGUGAGGACGGAGAAACCACGUCUCAUUUGCUGGGGAUGUUUUACCGUACUAUCAGAUUGGUCGAAAGCGGAUUAAAGCCAAUGUACGUUUUUGACGGGAAACCGCCAGUUUUGAAAGGUGGCGAGUUGGAGAAAAGAUUGCUCAAGCGACAGGAUGCUUUGAAACAAAUUGAAGAUUUGAAGGAAACGGGCACAGUCGAAGAGCUUAUGAAAUAUGAGAAGAGAACAGUGCGUGCGUCUCGAGAACAGAAUGACGAGGCAAAGAAAUUGUUGGAGUUGAUGGGAAUUCCUUAUAUUGUGGCCCCAUCAGAGGCUGAGGCACAGUGUGCAGAGUUGGCUCGCGCAGGGAAAGUAUUUGCUGCUGCCUCCGAAGAUAUGGACACAUUAUGUUACGAACCGAAAUAUCUAUUAAGACACUUGACAGUGGCCGAAGCUCGGAAGAUGCCUAUUGAUCAAAUUGACUACGAGGCAAUGCUUAAAGGGUUGGACAUGGACAGAUCCACGUUCGUUGAUUUGUGUAUUUUGUUGGGAUGCGACUAUUGUGAGACGAUCAAAGGUGUUGGCCCAGUGACAGCAUUCAAGUUGAUCAAAGAACACGGGUCGUUGGAUAAUAUUGUCAAAUGGAUUCAAGAAAAUCCUGAGAAAACCAAAUACAAAGUCCCUGAAAACUGGCCAUAUGAUGAGGCCAAGCAGCUUUUCAUGAACCCGGAAAUCACAAAGGGUGACGAAGUGGAUGUUAAGUGGAAUGAGCCAAAUGUGGAUGGCUUGGUUGAGUUCAUGGUCAAGCAGAAAGGAUUCAGCGAAGAGAGAAUCCGCAGUGGUGCUGAAAAGCUUAAGAAGGCGUUGAAGGGAGGAGUGCAAGGCCGUUUGGACGGAUUUUUUACUGUGGUAAAACUGAGCCCAGCCAAGCGGAAACCCGACGCCAAGGACGCUAAAGGAAAGGGAAAGAAAAAGGCCAAGCGCUGA